AUGGAUCGGCUGGCGUUCGGUGACAGAUGCUCUCCAUUUAUUGCAAUCAACACGAUACGAAGGGCGGCCGCAGAUUCCGGUGUCGGGGGAGAAGCGGCAGACGCGGUUCACAACAAUCUGUACAUGGACGAUUACUUGGAUUCAGCCAAGAAUGUGGAUUUAGCAGUUGAGCGGGCCACUGGCGUAAGAGAAAUUCUGGCGGCGGGAGACUUCCAUUUUAAGACAUGGCUUUCAAAUUCUCCUGACUUUCUAAUGGCGAUGGGUGUGGAUCCGUCGGAAAAAGAAGAUGACCAUCCACUAUCAGUUCCGGACGACUCCACAAAGAUUCUAGGCGCAUGUUGGAGGCCUUAUCGAGACGUCCUGACCUUCGUCCUAUCGGAGUUAAGUGAGGUGGAGUUUACCCGAGCUGGAUUGGCGAGGAAGGUGGCCGGACUGUACGAUCCACUAGGACUAGCCGCACCGACAAUAAUUAAGGCAAAAAUUCGUCUGCGGGAGCUUGGAACGCGCGGUCUGGAUUGGUGCGACGAAGUUGAUCCUGAGGAUAAGGAUUGGUGGAGGAGAUGGAUCACUUCAUUGGCAGUAUUGAAUAAGUUAGAGGUCCCGCGCUGUUUAUUUCCGGAUCGAGAAAAAAUAUGUCGAUCAGAGCUGCACACCUUUGCGGAUGCAUCCCAGGAGGCGUUCGCGGCAGCGGUCUAUAUCCGGAACCAGUAUGCGGAUGGAGCCAACUUGAACUUAAUCAUGGCAAAGACAAAGCUAGCUCCUAAAAAAACUAUCUCUAUUCCAAAAUUGGAGUUGCAGGCAGCUUUAUUGGGAGCCCGGCUGGCUGAUUUCGUCUCCAAGUCUCUUCGAGAACCCAUAAGGAGCCGUAAAUUCUGGACGGAUUCUUCAUGUGUGCGGAAUUGGAUCCGGUCAAACGCGGCGUACUACAAACCUUUUGUGGAUCAUCGGAUCGGUGAGAUUCAAACCUUGACUAGGCCGGAGGAGUGGAGAUACGUACCCGGAAAAUUGAACUGUAGCGAUGUGGCCACUCGGUCCUCGCUCGAAUCGGACCAUCAAAUUCCAAAUUCGUGGGUCAAGGGUCCUGACUUCCUGUACCAAACCGAAGAUUGUUGGCCACAGGAUCUACCUUGGAUGAAGGUGACGGAGGAAGGUCGAUCCACCCGCGAGAGUCGGUGUCACAUCGCUAUCAACACCGAAAAUGCUUGGGAGUCAGUGAAGAUUGAUAUCAGUGAAAUUCCAGCGCUUAUUCAACUGGAGGAGAGGUAUAUGCAAUUACUGAAAGCUUGUCAAGAGGAGUCAUUCGUGGAGGAGCUGAGGCGGUUGAAGAGACUACAGCCGUUGAAAAAUGACUCCAAAUUACUCUCGCUUUCGCCUUUCAUGAGCCCAGAUGGUCUUAUUCGUUUAGGUGGUCGCGUUGGAAAGGCAGCAUUACCCUAUGACAACCGUCAUCCAAUCAUACUGCCGUCACAACACCCCCUAACGGAACGAAUAAUCGAGGCCUUCCAUCGCAACUUACAUCACCUCGGCGUGGACUUCGUACUUGCCCACAUUAGACAGCAUUUUUGGAUAGUCGAUGGUCGGGAAGCCGUGAAACGAGUGAAAAGGAAAUGUCUGGAGUGUCUGAAAGAGAGAGUCAAACCCGGAAUUCAGCAGAUGGCGGAGCUACCGGUGGAGAGGCUCGAUAUGUUCGCCCCUCCUUUCACGCAUACCGCUGUUGAUUACUUCGGACCGAUGGAGACGAGUAAUUACAGAAAUCGCACCCUGAAGAGAUAUGGAGCGCUAUUCACGUGCCUCACUACAAGAGCCGUGUUCCUCGACUUAGCAGACGACCUGACAUCUGAUCAAUUCUUGUUGGUUCUACGGAGGUUCAUCGGAAUUUACAACCAGCCAAAAUCUAUGCAUUCGGACAAUGGCACCAAUUUUGUUGGGGCGGAAAGGGAAUUAAGGGAGCUUCUUACCAAUAUUCAACAACCGGGGGAGCUGAGUGAUUUCAUCAAGAAUCGGCGAAUACAUUGGAGUUUCCAGCCACCGAGAGCUCCUCACUUCGGAGGCGCCCAUGAAAGUCUCGUGAAGUCAGCAAAGAAGGCCCUCUACCGAGCUCUGGAGAUUGAGAAGUCGCAAUUUCGCCAUCCAACGGAUAGUGUACUCCGCACUGUCCUGUUUGAGGUAGCUGGCUUGCUAAAUAGUCGCCCGCUCACGUACGUGAGUUCGGAUCCAGUGGAUGUUAGGCCGUUGACUCCAAACGAUCUAAUGAACCGAUCACCUGUCAUCUACUCACCGGCCGGCGAGUUCGCAGAUGCGCUACCGCGGGAGAAUUUCCAUUACGUGCUAAAGUUAGUGAAUCUCUUCUGGGAUCUGUGGCGAAAAUCCUACCUUCCUUCCCUGAUCGCACGAAAGAAGUGGAGAACAAAAAUGAGGAAUUUCCAGAAGGGGGACGUCGUUCUUCUAGUGGAACCAAACCUUCCCCGUGGAAAAUGGAAUAUUGGACGAGUCGAAGAAACAUUUCCCGGAGACGACGGUCUAGUUCGCGUCGUCAAGGUCUCCACGAAGGAGGGGACGUACGUGCGCGCCAUAGAAAAUUUGCCUUCUAGAGGCCGAAGAGUCCCAUCUUCCUAA